CUAAGGCUAUCCAACACUGGAACUCUUCCAAGUCAAGAUAUCUCACAUUGAAAGGAAGGAGAGGGUGGAAUGGCAGAAAAGGACAACAAGAAAGAAAAUGAGGAAUAUGUCGGGACAAUAAAAGGUGGACUGCGGCCCACGAUGAGACUGGUUGUCGUGGGUAUUGUUAACAAGAAGCCACAGAGCAUGGUGGUGUCCCUGUCCAGUGAUCCAGUGGAAGAGGAUUUUGAGGGAGACGUGGGUUUGCAGGUAAAGGUCAACUUCCUGGCUAAGGCUGUGCAGAGGAACGCCCGUCUGGCUGGGAACUGGGGGACGUCAGAGAACACCCUGUCAUACUUCCCCUUUGCUGCCGGGGAGCCCUUCAAGACACCAGCAGUUCCGUAUCCUGGUGGAUGGCCAGCCUCUGUGUGGCUUCACUCAUCGUCUGACUCCGCUGGCCUCUCUCACCGCCCUGCGAGUCUUUGGAGACCUACGGCUCACUAAGGUAGCAUAGCACCAGGAACAGACCCAGGUGGGGGUGGCGUCCCAAAUUACACCCUAGACUCUAUGUAGUCCACUACUUUUGACCACUACUCUGGUCAAAAGUASUGCACUAUAUUGGGAAAAGUGUGCCGUUUGAGGCGGCCAUUUCCCCACAGUUUAGUCGGACAAGGUAUUGUAAAGAUAGGCAGGCCAGGGUAUUAGCGUAGUAGAGGGUGGAGCAUUUUGGUGAUAUCUUGAUCCUUGUGAAAUGUGAAUGUUUGGCACUUUUUGAUUGCAACAAAUAACACCUGCAUCUUAAUUGCGUGAAGUGCCUUCACACUAAACUAGCUGUUUAAUAUUGUUGUGACUGGGUGAUUUUGACUACAGUUACUGAAUGUAAUCCAUGUAAUGAUUGAUUGAUUUCCUUAGGCAAACCAUUUGAUGGACUAUAUAUAUAUACACUAUACUAACUUGCCCUUGGGAACACAAUAUUUUAGAUUAGAUAUGAAAUAUCACAUGCUGCAUUUUUUUGACUCCGUCUGUCAGAUGGCUCGAGAUACAAGGUGAGAUGAACGCGCAUCAAAAAAUGUAAUGUUUCUGAAAAAACAUUCMUACAGUUCAUGACGUUGCAGGUUUCCAGAGAAGCAAUUACAAAAUUAAAAGCAAUGUCUUCAAUAUGCACCCAUAUACAGCAGGGUGGCCAGCUCAUUGCCUCUGUAACACCUGUGAAAUAAUACUACAUUACUGCAUGUCAUUGCUUUUGUCUGUGUUAGCUGUUAGGUCAACAUAUUGUAGUCUACUGURGCCCUCGACAUCACAGUACUGUAAUCCUUUCAAACAAUCUGUUAAAUAAUCUGUAAACCAUAUUUAGUUGUUUGAAAUAGAUUGUUGUAGAAAUUACUUAAAUAAACAAUUUUCCAAAUGAU